UCUGAUCAAUUUUCCAGGUUUUAGUAUCACCUAAAAAUGGCUGCGCCCAUGGAAAUACCUUCGCAUCACGUCAAAGCAAAAUUCGCUGAAAAUAGACCUGCUUACAGAGAAGGAAGAUUGCCAAAGGCCACAAAGGUAUACACAGUGAAUCAGGAAUCAGCAUAUCUGCUUGUACAGAGGGUACCAGCUCUGGGGACCAGUCAGGAACUUAUCAAGUUGUUUGCUGUGUAUGGAGCUGUAGAUGAAUAUAGAAUUUUGGAUGAGUUUCCAUCCGCUGACAAAUACACAGAUGUUUAUCUCGUCAAGUUUCAAAAAAUUCAGGCAGCAAGGUUUGCCAAGAGGAAGCUCGAUGAUUUUUCGUUUUAUGGAGGAGUGAUACAUGUCAGCUAUGCUCCAGAAUUUGAGAGUGUUGAGGAAAUGAGGCAAAAAUUGCAGGACAGACGAAGGACUGUGGCAUCCAGGAUAAGGAUCUCGGGGAAAGAAGCACUUAAGAAAAACAAUGCAAGAAACACUGUCUCAUCCAAUGAGAAAGAUCACAAAGAUUUUCCCAAGUUCCUGCAUUCACAACCAGUGGUUCCAGAUAGUACUGCAUUACCAGUCCAUAAUGAGGCUGGUUCACAAAUUUCACUGACUAAUUAUCAAACAGGGCCUGAACAACAGAUUACGGAACCAGAACAACUGUUACAUCUCCCCCCUCCCCCAAAACAGGACUUUAGUUCCAGAUUUCGCUAUGACUCGCAGAGAAUGAGAAAUUAUGAAUUCGCUAGGGUGCCCUCUGCACAUUCUACACUGCCAAGAGCAAUUCAAGAAAGCUAUAGGGCAGAUGCUGGACAGGGGCGUGUCAGCUGUAACAAGAAUGAACAACAAUCAGUGAGUAGUGUUCCAGUGAGGGCUACAGAACAGAGAGUACAGGGUGAUACAAAAACAUGUGAGAGAGUACAGGGUGAUACAAAAAUAAGUGAUGAAAUUGACAAACAAAAUGAAAUGAAAACUGUCAAUGGAUUAAUCAUAAAAAAUACUCCUACAGUAAGAUCAACUCCAAAAUUUAUACCAAGACAAACUUUAAACAUUGCCAAGACUAAACUAAAGUCAGGAAAAGAAGAAAAUGUAUCAAGUGACAAUGUCAAGUCAGAAUUACAAAGGAAUGCUUUUGUGCUUGGGAAAAGACAGGGACCAGAGCUUAAGGAAGGGGGAGAGAAGAAAAAAGUUUGUACAGAGGAAGAGGAGUCUGUUAAAAAAUCGGUCUCCCAGAUCAGGAAAAGAGUUCAAGAGGUUUUUGAGCCAAACAUGUAUGAAAAGAAAGAAAAACAGAGGAAACCCGAUACAUAACACAAACAUUACAAACUGUAAAUAAAACAUAAUACACCUUACUGAAAUGUCUUGUAGUCUUCUACUCGCUUUUAUUGGCACCAUUAUUUGAUGUUAUAAGUAAUAGGA